GAAAGGAGGAUCAAAAUGAAGAAGUUACUUGUGGUUGUCUUCUUUUUGGUCCUCAGGACCAUUUCUACAGACACUUCACCAAUUUUGACUGAAAAAGAUGCUAAACAGAUUCUGAGAACUCGUCGUGAAGACAGACCGAGAAAAGCUGGUUUUCCUGAUGAGCCAAUGAGGGAGUAUCUGGUUUACCUCCAGCGCUUGGAGCAGGCAUCGGAAGAACAGUUCCUUGAACACUGGCUGAACCCGCAUUGCCUCCCACACUGCAACAGGGAUCUAGUCCAUCCAGUCUAACGGUUUUGCCUCCCCUG